AUGGAAUACUCCCAUCACUUUAAUGCGGACCGUCUGUCCACGCAGGCCGAGAUCGACGCCGCAGUCUGCAUGCAGAACCUUUCCAAUUGGAUGCCCGCUGUCGACGAAAUUCGCACCUGGCCUGAAUACUCCAGACAGCCCCUCAGAACGCUUCCCAAUCUUGCACGCAGACUUGGAAUCCAACAGUUGUUCAUCAAGGAUGAGAGCAAGCGCUUCGGCACCGAGCUUGGCUCCUUCAAGGCCCUUGGUGCUCCAUAUUCGGUCUAUAAGAUCCUUGCGGAGGAGGUGCAUGCAAAGAAGGGCGUCUGGCCUUCAGCAGCUGAGCUACGAACUGAUAAGCAUCAUGAUAUCACUCAGCAUAUUACCGUGUGUGUCGCUACGGAUGGUAACCAAGGUCGCGGCCUAGCGUACGGCGCGAAGAUAUUCGGCUGUCGCUGCGUCGAUUAUAUUCACAGCCAUUGCAGUGCUGGUCGUGCUCAGCGAAUGAUGGACCUGGGUGCGAUAGUCAUCAGGAUUGAUGGGGAAUAUGAGGCCUCGGUCGCCCGGGCUAAGGAAGAUGCCCGCAUGAAUGGCUGGUACUUCGUGAGCAGUACCUCCUGGUCCGAUUUCGAUAAUGACGUCCCCCAGCAAGUCAUGAACGCCUAUAUGGUUGUCUUGGAAGAGGCCCUCGCUUUGAUUCCUGAGGUCAAUCGUAUCACUCACGUAUUUGUGUGUGGAGGUGUUGGUAGCAUCGCUGCGGCCAUCUUCCAGGGUUUCUACACCAAUCUCCGUGGAACCUUGAAAGCCCCAGCGAGGGUACCCCGAUUUGUUCUUGUUGAGCCAUCUGAGGCAGACUGCUUGCUACGUAGUGCUAAGAACGGCGAGCCCUGUCAGUCGCAAGGCUCUCUGCACACUCUUAUGGCUGGGUUGGCCUGCCGGGCGCCCUCUCCAGCAGCAUGGAAAAUCCUUACUUGGUUGACCAGUGAUUUCCUGUCGGUUCCCGAUUCAGCCGCGAUUCAAGGCAUGCAGGAACUGGCCUACGGUCGAGCGGGCGACGUCCCUGUUGUGUGUGGUGAAUCAUCGGCCGCUACCAUGGGUGUAAUGGUGGCGUCGGGCACAGACCCAUCCCUGCGAGAGAAAUUGGGAUUAGGUGCAGACAGCCAGGUUGUACUUUUUGGCCUGGAAGGCGCUACUGAUCCUGAAAUCUACGAGUCCCUGGUGGGCAAGUCUCCCGCCGCGGUCUUUAAGGCUCAAGAUCGCUUUGCCAGCCAGACUCCUGCACCCUGA